AUGAGUCUUGUUGGUAGGCAUAGUUUGAAUGCAUUUCCCAAGUCAAGUCGAGUCCGCUCUCGAACCAUUAAGAAGAAGAAGAAGAAGAAGAAGAAGAAGAAGAAGAAGAAGAAGAAGAAGAACAAGGAAAGAUGGGUAGUCUAUGUGUAUACCAACGAAGAUGUCAGAGAAGGGGUUCAGUGGAGUAAAAGACGUCUAGGGCGCAAGGUUGGCGGUCCCCUUCCCGUUCCGAGAACCGGGGUGGUAGGCUGCCCGGUUCGACAAAGAGGGCCUGGGGCUUUCCAGGUACGUGAUCUUUUGAAGCUGGAUGAAAGGAAGCCUGCAAAGUGGCGGAUGCAGGCUGAGGAAAAGAUGUUGGCUAGCUUUGGGGAACGGUACUCGGGCAGGGCUUUUCGGAUCAUGGAGGGAGUGAGCGGAAUAGGCGCUAUAGCCGCUGGUUGCAUACUACCACCGACUGCUCGGUGGGACGGGAGCGGGACACUACGGUAUCCCAGCCCACGCUACUCUACAAGUGAGCGAAUAGCUCUUUCGUGCCACGAUGGGUUUUGA